AUGGCCUUAGAGGCGAUGCGGAAUAUAGACCGAAAAUCCAGAGGAGGAAACCUCAUCAUAAAGCUUGAUCAGGAAAAAGCCUACGACAAGGUGGAAUGGGGCUUUCUUAAGAUGGUUAUGAAGCGAUUCUGCUUUAGUGACAGAUGGGUUUUGUUGAUGGAAGCAUGUUGGGGAAACUGCUGGUUUUCAGUUCUAUUCAACGGGGAGCCUACUGGUUUCUUCAAAUCUUCAAGGGGGCUUCGCCAGGGGGACCCCAUAUCCCCAGGGUUAUUUAUUCUUACGGCUGAAGUCUUCUCCAAGAACUUCAAGCAGCUGGUGGAAAGGGGUUGGUGUAGACCUUUCAAAUUGCCCCGAGGUUGUCUUAUUCUCUCUCACCUUUUAUUUGCUGAUGACACUUUGCUGUUUGUUAAUGGCAACCUUGAUUCUUCGCGAAUGAUUAAGGCUUUCUUGGAGGCUUUCCAAGCUACGUCAGGCCAGCAUUUUAACUUCUAG